UCAAGGGAGGUGUAUUAAAGCGCCGAGUGACUUCGCGGGAAAAGAGAGAUAGAGGUUUGUUUGUUCGGUUUAAACGCAGGGUUGUUUUUCAGAGAACGUUUCCCUUUUUCCCCCCGCUUCAAAAUGCCUAAAAGGUCGUGCCCUUUCACUGAAUCGUUUUCGACACAGUAUAAAAUCCAUGUUGGGCAAAAGGAGCUGAAUCUGCAUGGAGUUCUCGGAGACAAGUCCAGACAGGAAGUUUACGAAAAGACCAAGAACCUGCUCUUCGGUGGGACCCGAGCGAUAAUGGGGCGAAUUUGGAAGGUGUAUGCAGAGGGGAAGUGCUCUGAUGUGGAGGGAUGUGAUCAGGGUGCUGUAAUGCCUGCAAAUAAUCAGCUGCUACUCAAAGGACAGACUCUGAUUGGGCUGGAUGGGAAACUGAUGAAAGCCAAGGCAGUUUCAGGCAGCGUGACCGGUCCGACUGUGUGUGCUGUGUGUCAGAGAUCAUCAGUAGCGAGGACUGCAUGUUCUCAGUGUGAUCGCCCUGCAUGUCCCGCCUGCACACAGCAAUGUAGCAGCUGUUCCAGCCACUGCUGCUCCAUCUGCACGAUCACAGAUUACACUGAGCGCUAUGACAAAGUCCUCUGCUGUAGCUGUGCGUCCUAAGCGAUGCAACACAGACUGAUGGACCUAGUGGCUGAAGGAAAGGAGGAAAUGUUUCGUAUGAAAUUUUAGUGCAUGCCACACUGUAAAUGGAUUUUAUAUACCUUUUACACUUAUAUAAUUGUAUGUACAUAAUAUAUUUUAAUCGUCUAAAUAAAUACUUGAGCAAUUUUUUUUACUUCACACUUUUAAAUGA